AAUUCUUUUGUAACAACACAAACUCACACAAACACAAACACAAAGACACACUCUCUCUUCUUACUUUCUCUCUCUAAAACGUUCCAUGCAUAAAAUAUAUGCUUAGACUAAUCAAACAAGUUUCCACUUUGUGCCACCAAAAAAAUAUCUCUUCUUUUUCUCUGGGUUGCUGGAGUCAACAUGCAAAGAUUUUAGCCUAAAAUGUUGCUCAAAGUUUCAAAAAUAUAAUCUUUUUGUUGAUUUGGAUUUUGGGUUGGUGCCAAAAUUGGAGUUUGAAUAGAUUAAAAAAAAGGAAGGGGUGGUGAAUGGUAAUGAAAAAAAGAUGAAGAAGGAAGAACAAGGUCGUAGUUUGUUUGGAAUUUCACUCUCUGACAGACCCAGAUGGCAACAAUUCCUCAUUUGUUCAUCUGGAUUCUUCUUUGGAUAUCUUGUUAAUGGCAUCUGUGAGGAAUAUGUGUAUAACAGGCUCCAUUUUAGCUAUGGUUGGUACUUCACAUUUAUUCAAGGAUUUGUUUACCUCUUUCUGAUUUAUCUCCAAGGUUUCACAAGCAAGCAAAUGGUGAACCCAUGGAAAACCUAUGUGAAGCUCUCUGCUGUACUAAUGGGUUCACAUGGCUUAACAAAGGGAUCUUUGGCUUUUCUUAAUUACCCUGCACAAAUUAUGUUCAAAUCCACAAAGGUUCUGCCAGUGAUGAUAAUGGGUGCUUUUAUUCCUGGUCUGAGAAGGAAGUAUCCAAUGCAUGAAUAUUUAUCUGCAAUACUCUUGGUAGUUGGAUUGAUCCUAUUCACACUAGCAGAUGCACAAACAUCACCAAAUUUCAGUGUCAUUGGUGUUGUUAUGAUAACUGGUGCUUUGGUUAUGGAUUCUUUUCUUGGAAAUCUUCAAGAAGCAAUCUUUACUAUGAAUCCUGAUACCACACAGAUGGAGAUGCUCUUUUGCUCAACUGUAGUUGGAUUACCUUUCUUAAUCCCACCUAUGCUUUUUACAGGAGAACUAUUCAAAGCAUGGACUUCAUGUUCAGAACAUCCCUAUGUGUAUGGUGUGUUAGUCUUUGAAGCAAUGGCAACAUUUAUAGGCCAAGUCUCUGUCCUAUCCCUCAUUGCCAUUUUUGGUGCUGCCACAACAGCCAUGAUAACAACAGCAAGAAAGGCAGUGACAUUACUACUAUCAUACUUGAUAUUUACAAAACCAUUAACAGAACAACAUGGGAGUGGACUAAUACUUAUAGCUAUGGGAAUCACAUUGAAGAUGUUGCCAGAAAACAAACCUACAAUUUCCAAGAGAGCCUUAAAUUCUUCUCCUAGAGACAGUAGGACAAAAUCUACUGUUGGUGAUGAAGAGUUGGGGACAAUGUCAGAUUCUGUAGGAGAAAAUGAUGAUGAAAGGAGGCCCUUGGUUUAGCUUAAAUGUUAAUGCAAUUUUUUUUUUUAUUUUCUGUCAUUAUUUUAAAGUUCGUAUUUUCUUUGUCAUUUUCAUAUCAUGUUACAGGAAAAAAAAGUAAUUUGAUGUUCAAUAUAUUAAUUUUUUAUUGAAUGCCUUAGAUAUAAAUUCUUUUACA